UUGCUUUGCUUGCUUGUACAAACUUUCACUUAUUACCUGCCAUCUUUCCUUCCUUCCAUUCUUUUCUCCACUCAUAACCUUUAUUGUUGGCUCACUUUAAGAAACUAGCUACUCUAAUACCUGUUUCAAAAGUGACAUCUCGCCAUCGCCCACCAUUAACGGACAUUACGACGAUAAAACUCUGCUGUUCCCCAGCCAGCCUCAUCAGAGAUCAAUGGCAUUCGACAUCUCCAACGUAACCGGCAACCCCAUCAUUCUCCUAUCUGGAGUGUUUGCUAUGAUUGGAUGGUUUAUCGCCUUUAUUGCAGCAUGUAUCUUCCAAGGACUUGGAGGCUUCUGGUGGACAAUCAUAUUCGAACUGUUAGUUCUCGGUGGCAUCUUUUUUGUCAUCGCAAUCGAUGCUUUCCCUCAAUACCGUUUGGUGGUCCUAUCAUUCUUGAGCAUUAGUAUUGCUAUGCUGACCUCAUUUAUUGGAAAUUUCAUUAACUCAAGUUCAAGUGCGGCUCAAGCUAUUGGAGCCGGAGGUGUUUUUCUGAUUAUCGUUCAGUUUUCAUGGGUGAUUAUUUUUGGCAGUGAUGAAAACUCUGCUAUCAAUCGUUCGGUUUACGGCCUGCAGAUCGCUUCCCGACCUCCACAACAAAACAACUUUAAGGCAGGAUCAAUCCCCUUAGGUUCAUCGGUGUAUGCACCAUCUCACAACCAAGGCUCAUUUGUAAAUGCCCAAGAGUUCAGCCAGCCUGCACAGCCAAUCAUGAUGCAGGCUUCUGCUCCGGUAAUGAACUCUCCGCAUGUCCCUCAUAUGGCCCAAGUACAAAGCACACUCCCUCCUUCAUCGGUCGAGAACGUAGCCUCAAAUAGUCAAGCUGCCAUCGAUAAGGUCACUGCAUUGCAUGCUUAUCAAGCCAAUCCCGAAGAUGCAACAGAGCUCUCCUUUGCUAAAGGAGAAGUGUUGGAGGUGCUGGAUAAAAAAGGAAACUGGUGGCAAGCUAGAAAGCAGGAUGGCUCUGAAGGAAUUAUUCCCAGCAAUUACUUUGCAGCUUAAGUUUUUUACUAGGGAUCAGCUCCUUUACCGAACUGUUUUACAACAUCAUAGCCCGUUAGACAAAGUGAUUUGCAUCUCACAAACCCAUUUUUUACUUUAUAAUGUAUAAUUU